UGAAGAGGAAGUAGCAAACAUGCCUGAUAUAGUCAGUGAUGUUUGUGUGAUUGUGUCUUUUGUGUCAGAACCGUCUCUGAAGAUGAAGCUCUGCCUCUGUGUGCUUUACACAGCUCUGCAGGUCACUGUUGGUUGUAUAAUAUCUGAGUCUAAAUAUGAGACCAUCACCAGAUCUCCGGGAGAGUCUGUUCUCCUGUCCUGCUCCUGUACUGACCUGCAGACCAAACCUGGUGAGAUUCAGUGGACUGGUCCUGGUGAAAACAAAGAUUCUUAUAAGUUGAUUGGAGAUCUGAACCCAGAAGAAAAGAGGUGGUACAGUGGUAGAGUCCAGACAUUCAGUGACAGUCCUCCAGGAAAUAUGUCCCUGCUUCUGUCUGACCUGACUGAAGAGGACCAGGGAGAAUACACGUGUGAGAUUGAAAGCAAUAAAACAGGAAGAUUCAGAGUAAUCACACUCAUCAUAAAAAGAGAAGGAGCUGGAGAGGGUUGUAUAAUAUCUGAGCAUGAAGGGGAGACCAUCACCAGAUCCCCAGGAGAGUCUGUUCUCCUGUCCUGCUCCUGUACUGACCUGCAGACCAAACCUGAUGAGAUUCAGUGGGAUGUUAUUACUGGGAAAGAGUUUUAUAAGUUGACUGGAGAUCUGAACCUAGAAGAAAAGAAGCGGUACAGUGGUAGAGUCCAGACAUUCAGUGACAGUUCUCCAGGAAAUGCAUCCCUGCUUCUGUCUGACCUGACUGAAGAGGACCAGGGAGAAUACGCAUGUGGAACUACAAACAAAGGAAUCGGAAAAAUCCGAACAAUCAAACUCAUCAUUACAAGAGGAGCUGGAAAAGGCUGCUUAUUAUCUGAACCUGCAAAUGAGACCAUCACCAGAUCCCCAGGAGAGUCUGUUCUCCUGUCCUGCUCCUGUACUGACCUGCAGACCACACCUGAUGAGAUUCAGUGGGAGGCAGUUAUCAAGGAAGAGCACUAUAAGUUGACUGGAGAACUGAACAAAGAUGAAAAGAAGCGUUACAGUGGUAGAGUCCAGACAUUCAGCAACAGUUCUCCAGGAAACUUGUCACUGCUUCUGUCUAAUGUAAUUGAAGAGGACGGAGGUGAAUACAUGUGUCAGAUUGAAAAUAGAAGAAGCAGAACAAUCACACUCAUUGUUAAAGGAGCAGAAUCAGGGUUCGGACUCUCCAGCACUGUGUUGAUGAUCCUCAUCCUGCUGGUGGGUGUGCUGGGAACAGCUGCAGUCCUCUACUGGAGAUACACAAAGAGAAGAAAUGAGCCAUCAGACAGCAGAGGGGAACAACCAGGGCAGGAACAACAGCGGGACGAGGAUGUUACUUACAGCACAGUAGUCUAUGGGAACACAGCCAGAGCAGCACCCAGAGAUGCCAACACAGAGGAGACCACGGAAUAUGCCAGCGUCAGAGUAGAUGGAGAUGUGACUUACUCAACUGUCGACCAUGGCAACAGAACUAGACCACCCCCCAAAGAGAUCAACACAGAGGAGAACACGGAAUAUUCCAGCAUCCGACUGGACAGAGUCUGACAAACAAGUAAUGUGAGAAGUGGCGUCUGUCUUCCCCAACAGGCACAAAAUGACUAUGAACGAUUGUGGGCUUGACUAUAGGUAUUUAAGCCUAUUUUAUUUAGUUUAGUUA